GGGGCGGCGGCGAUGUCGGUGAACUAUGCGGCGGGGCUGUCGCCGUACGCGGACAAGGGGAAGUGCGGCCUGCCGGAGGAGUCUGGGAGGCACCAGAGAGGUGAUAUUGGAAUCCAAAUCUAAAAGAGUGAGGGAGCCAUGCAGGUGUCUGUGGGAAAAGCAUCCUGGACAAACAUCUUUGACCCCCCGGAGGAGCUAGAGCGCAAGGUGUGGGAGCUGGCACAGCUGGUCCGGCAGUCCUCCAAUGUCGUGUUCCAUACAGGCGCUGGCAUCAGCACUGCCUCCGGCAUCCCUGACUUCAGAGGCCCCCAUGGUGUGUGGACCAUGGAGGAGAGGGGCCUGGCCCCCAAGUUCGACACCACCUUUGAGAGCGCAAGGCCUACCCGGACACACAUGGCCUUGGUGCAGCUGGAACGCGUGGGCUUCCUCAACUUUCUUGUCAGCCAGAACGUGGACGGGCUGCACGUGCGCUCCGGCUUCCCCAGGGACAAGCUGGCAGAACUUCACGGGAACAUGUUUGUAGAAGAGUGUGCCAAGUGCAAGACGCAGUAUGUUCGGGACACGGUCGUGGGCACCAUGGGCCUCAAGGCCACAGGCCGGCUCUGCACCGUGGCCAAGGCGAGGGGGCUGCGGGCCUGCAGGGGCGAGCUGAGAGACACCAUCCUGGACUGGGAGGACUCUCUGCCGGACCGGGACCUGGCUCUUGCCGAUGAGGCCAGCAGGAAUGCUGACCUGUCCAUCACCCUGGGGACCUCCCUGCAAAUCCGGCCCAGUGGGAACCUGCCCCUGGCCACCAAGCGCCGUGGAGGCCGGCUGGUCAUCGUGAACCUACAGCCCACCAAGCAUGACCGCCACGCCGACCUACGCAUCCAUGGCUAUGUCGACGAGGUGAUGACACAGCUCAUGAAGCACCUGGGGCUCCAGAUACCCCCCUGGGACGGACCCCGAGUUCUGGACAGGGCCCUGCCACCCCUGCCACGCCCCCCGAGCCCCAAGGAAGAGCCUCCCACCCCGCUCGACAGCCCCACGCCCACCGACCCCAAGCCAGAGCCCUGCGACUGGCACCACAAGAGGGAGAGGCCAAACAGCCCUGCCCCCCGCUGGCCCCCCAAAAGGGUGAAGGCAGAGACAGCUCCCAGCUGACCAGGGUGCCAUGGGGGGGCUUUUGUAGAAACCAUAGACUCGUUCUUUUCUACUCUUGGUUGCGUGUGUGUGUGGGUGUGUGUCUGUCCUCGGGCUGAGCGAGGCUCCAGCCCCAGCCCCCUCCCUGGGGUGCCAGGGCUCUGGGUGCACCCAGCCUCUGACUCAGGACACUCCAACACCCCCAGGCUUCCUCCAGGCCCCCCACAGCCGCUCCUCAGCUCAGGGGGACAGCCUGAGGAAGGGGUGGGCUGUGGAGACGGGAGGGGGUGCUGGGCUUCACGGAAAGUCUGCAAUACAAUAAAUCAGGGUUCCUUUACUGCAC